AUGUCCCUUCAAAUGAUUGAACAGUUGCAAGUUAGCUUUAAUCUGCAACCUUCUCUUAUUGAUACGCUGCAUGUACAAUUAGAAGAUUACCGCACCCAGGCACAAAAUGCAGCUCACACUGCUGGAUUCUUACAAGAUAAAGUUCAUAAUUUAGAAUCCAAAAAUAUAAUCCUUGAUCAAGCUGUAGACACCUUACAAUGCCUGCGUACUAAGCACUCUCCUUUCAAACUAGGAGGUAAGGCUCGGGGAAGUGCUAUAUUUAAAAAAUCCCCUGUUGCUCAUGAAAACAAAUGGUAUCAGAUUGCCACCUUGUCAGUCGAUCUUCCUUCUGCUUUAAUUAAUGAAGACGAUGUUGCUAUGUGGAUGGAGCAUAAAAAUGAAAAUAUUGAGUUGCCUUCACAAACAAUUUCUGUCCCCUCUGCUCCUCCCACGUAUACACAUUUGUAUCCAGAAUUGCCAAUUGAAUUUUCUAAAACUAAUCUUGUUCCUUGUAAUCCUAUAACACGUGGUCCUCAAUUAGAGGCUAACGAAGUGUUAUCAGAUGACAAAUUGAAGGAAAUUUCUGCACAUCAUGCUAGAAUAGAAAAAGAAUAUAAUGAUAUGGAAAUGACUUUACAUAAUGUAAAACAAUCAUUUUCACAAGAAAACCAGCAGAGACGAGACUUGGAAGCAGAGUUGUCUGAGGCUGCACGACUAUUAACUGAGACUAAAACUAACCUUGAACGUUUUAGGCUUGACAAUGACGAGUUACGUGUAAAUGACAAACUUAAGGCUACUAUUAAAAAACAGGAAAAGACUACUAGCAUAUUGCAUGAUACUACACAAGACCUUAAGACUGCUAACAAACAACUGCAAAGUGACCUUAAAGAGGCUAAAACUAAACAACGUUAUUUCUGA